AUGCUAUACGAAAUUCAUUUUCAUGGCGAAUGUCGCAUUGACAGCCAACGGAGCUGGUUGUUUUUACGUAUACGAGUUGAUGGAAACUUGAUCAUGGGCAAUUCUCUUGUGCCUAACAUGGCGAAUGAUACUCUCAUGGAUGGCACUUCGCUGCAUAGCAAUGCGAACACGGCUGAAGCAGCAUUUCCAUGUUCGAAAAUAGAUUGGAUUUAUUUAUCUGCAGGUACACAUGUCGUUGACGUUGUUGCUCGACUAGCUAAUUCAGGUCGAAUUGCCGGUGGAAGUUUGAAAAUUAAACUAACACAGUUUGAUAGUGCAAACGACAUCAACUUGCCAAUAAUGACUCCACAAACAAGAGCAGCUUGA